AUGACUGCCUAUCGAUGGCUUUUCAGACGCCUUAAUACACGAAAAUCGCUACUUUUAUUGAUUAUAUUAGUAGCGCUUGUUUGUUUUCAACAGUAUCAUCAAUAUAACUUAAUAGAAUCCGAAAAUAUCGAUCGUGUGACACCCCUUCCUCCUCUUGAUUCAAAUGACGAGCCAAAUCUAGAGAAAACGGCGGAAAAUACAGCUCAGAUUAAUCAUAAGCAGCUAGAGAAAGAACGCAUUUCCCCAAUAAAGGAUGUUAAUGUCGUUUUCAAUGAUCUACGCAGAUUUAACCAGGAAGUGAGUUUUGAAUAUAUGGAGGAGGGUAAACAAUAUCCAAUUAAAUUUAAUGACAAGGAUGUGGGAAAAGUUUUGACGGUCCAGUCUUUCAACGAAGAGACCGAACCACAGCCUGGUUAUGAAAAGGAGAAUGCUACUUUUUUUUCUUUAGUAAGAAACGAAGACUUGCGAGGGAUUUUAAAGUCAAUACAAUCUGUGGAGUAUAGAUUUAACUCAAAGUAUCACUAUGAUUGGGUUUUCGCAAAUGACAAGCCUUUUCAUCCCGGCUUCAAAGAAAUAGUUAGUAAUAUCGUCAGUGGUAAUGCUUUCUUUGAGGAGAUUCCGGUUGAGUAUUGGUCUUACCCUGAUUGGAUAGACAUGGAAGCUGCUAAUAAAACUAGAAGGAUAAUGAAAAGCAAGCAAAUAAAAUAUGGUGAUUCUGAAUCCUAUAGACAUAUGUGCCGCUUCAAUUCUGGGUUCUUUUUUCAUCUACCUCGAAUGAAAAAUUACAAAUACUAUUGGAGGGUUGAACCGGAUAUAGAAUAUCGCUGUGACAUAUUUUAUCAGGAUAUAUUUAAGCAUAUGAGGAAGAAUGGCAAAAAAUACGCCUUCACAUUAGCGCCUCUUGAGUUGCAUACCACAGUAGAAAAGUUAUGGGAUACGGUUAACAAUUUUUUUAAAUUGGAACCGAAGCUUGUGAGCGAGGAUAAUAACGUAGCCUUUUUGACAGAAGAUGAUGGGAAAACUUUUAAUAUGUGUCACUUUUGGUCUAAUUUCGAAGUUGGCGAUAUGGAUUUCUUUCGGCUGGAAUCUUAUACGAAGUUUUUUAAUUAUCUAGACCAAGAGGGUGGCUUUUACUAUUCGAGAUGGGGCGAUGCGCCAAUACAUUCGAUGGCCGUUUCUUUUAUGUUGAAAAGCAGUGAGCUUUAUUUUCUUCAAAAUUCAGGCUACUUUCACAAUCCAAAUGGAGAUUGUCCGUGGGAUCCGUCUAUUAGAAAACAAAGGAGAUGUAUUUGCCUGACCAAGAACGAAGCAACUUGGGCAAGAAAUUCAUGUAUACCGAAGUGGUUUGAAAUACAUGGCUUGGAAAAGCCCGAGUUUGCACCUCAUUUCGAGUUUGUCAAUCAGCAUAAACCGAAGGAGGAAACAGAAGAAACCAAUAAUGAUGAAAAUGAAGACGAAUGA